UUUGUUUAGGCAGUAGGGAGUUUCUGCUAGGGUCUGGAUUGGAGUUACACAGACCGGACCCUACGUGUAUGAUUGAGCACAAAACAGGAUUCCCCUUGCCUCAAAGAGUCUACAUGUCUAAUAUUUAGACAUGUUCAGCUUUGUGGAUAUCCGGUUAGGGCUGCUGCUCGCCGCGGCGGUCCUCGUGGUCAGAGGACAAGGAGAGGAUGAUAUCUCAUUCGGUAGCUGCACGUUGGACGGUCAGAAUUACAACGACAAGGAUGUUUGGAAGCCCGAGCCGUGCCAGAUCUGCGUCUGCGACAGCGGCACGGUCAUGUGCGACGAGGUGAUCUGCGAGGAUACAUCAGACUGUGCCAAUCCAGAGAUUCCCGACGGAGAAUGCUGCCCCAUCUGCCCCGACGAUGCAUACAUUACGACCGAUAGUCCAGUUACUGGUCCUCAGGGUCCAGUUGGAGAUCCAGGUCCUGCAGGGCCUCCCGGCAGAGACGGUACUCCCGGAGAAGACGGGCUCCCCGGACCCCCCGGUCCUCCUGGAACCUCCGGCCUCGGCGGCGGAUCUUUCCUCUCCCAGAUGGCUUACGGCAGUGAUAAAUCCAGUGGCCCCGCUCUCCCCGGGCCCCCAGGCCCCAUGGGUCCCCGUGGCCUCCCUGGAUCUGCAGGUUCACCCGGCCCUCAGGGAUUCACCGGCCCCGCAGGCGAGCCCGGAGAGCCCGGUGCUCCUGGCCCGAUGGGUUCUCGCGGCCCCGCUGGUCCUCCUGGAAAGAACGGAGAAGAUGGUGAAGCUGGUAAAGCCGGGCGUCCUGGAGAGCGCGGAGCCGCCGGGCCCCAGGGUGCUCGUGGAUUCCCAGGAACCCCUGGACUCCCCGGCAUCAAGGGACACAGAGGUUUCUCUGGUCUAGAUGGAGCUAAAGGAGACACUGGACCUGCUGGACCUAAGGGAGAGCCUGGUGUUCCCGGAGAGAGCGGCAUCGCUGGAGCCAUGGGUCCUCGUGGUUUGCCCGGUGAGAGAGGUCGCCCCGGUCCUCCCGGUCCUUCUGGUGCACGUGGUAAUGAUGGAAACACCGGCGCUGCUGGACCUCCUGGACCCACCGGCCCCGCUGGCCCUCCUGGAUUCCCUGGCGGUGCUGGUGCUAAGGGAGAAACCGGCCCCGCUGGAGGCCGUGGUUCAGAGGGACCCCAAGGAGCCCGCGGAGAGCCGGGUAACCCUGGACCUGGAGCUGCUGGUUCUGCUGGACCUCCUGGUGCUGAUGGUUCUGCUGGUGCUAAAGGAUCUCCUGGUGCUGCUGGUAUUGCUGGUGCUCCUGGUUUCCCAGGAUCUCGUGGACCUGCUGGACCCCCGGGCCCUUCUGGAGCCCCUGGCCCCAAGGGAAACAAUGGCGAUCCCGGAGCCCAAGGCCCCAAGGGAGAGGCCGGUCCUAAGGGAGAACCUGGCCCCGUUGGACCCCAGGGCCUGGCCGGACCCUCUGGUGAAGAAGGCAAGCGAGGAGCUCGUGGUGAGCCCGGUGGAGCCGGACCCGUCGGACCUCCCGGAGGCCGUGGUGCCCCUGGCAAUCGUGGUCUUCCUGGCAGCGACGGAGCUCCUGGACCCGGGGGGGCCCCUGGAGAGCGCGGAGCCAACGGAGCGAUGGGACCUCAAGGAGCCACCGGAGAGGCUGGUCGCCCCGGAGAGGCAGGACUGCCUGGAUCCAAGGGUAUGACCGGAGCCCCUGGAAGCCCUGGACCUGAUGGCAAAGCUGGACCUUCUGGUGCACCCGGUCAAGACGGCCGUCCUGGACCCCCGGGGCCCGCCGGAUCUCGUGGAGCUCCUGGAGUGAUGGGAUUCCCUGGACCCAAGGGAGCUGAUGGCGAGGCUGGCAAAGCUGGCGAGAGAGGAGUUGCUGGACCCCCUGGAGCUUUGGGCGCUCCUGGCAAGGAUGGAGAUAUCGGUGCUCCUGGAGCUCCUGGACCUGCUGGCCCAUCUGGAGAGAAGGGAGAGCAGGGGUCCGCCGGUCCUUCUGGAUUCCAGGGUCUGCCAGGACCACAGGGAGCCACCGGAGAGACGGGCAAACCUGGUGAUCAGGGUGUUCCUGGUGAAGUUGGUCCUCAUGGUCCUUCUGGUCCAAGAGGUGACAGAGGUUUCCCCGGAGAGCGUGGUAGUAAUGGACCCGCUGGCCCCACCGGUCCUCGAGGGGCCCCUGGUUCUCCUGGUAGUGAUGGUGCUAAGGGAGAGCCCGGAGCCGCCGGGGCCACUGGUGGUGUGGGGCCCGCUGGACUGCAGGGAAUGCCCGGAGAGCGCGGCGCCGGAGGCAUGCCUGGAGCCAGAGGAGAGCGAGGUGACGCUGGACCCAAGGGCCCUGAUGGAGCUGCAGGUAAGGAUGGCCUGCGUGGAAUGACCGGCCCCAUUGGACCUUCUGGACCUUCUGGUGCUCCUGGUGAGAAGGGAGAGUCUGGUGCUGUUGGACCCGCAGGAGUGACCGGUCCCCGUGGAGCCCCCGGCGAGCGUGGAGAGGGCGGUCCUCCUGGACCUGCUGGUUUUGCUGGACCUCCUGGUGCUAACGGACAGCCCGGUGCUAAGGGAGAGACCGGUGACUCCGGACCCAAGGGUGAUGCUGGAGCUCCUGGACCCGCUGGCCCCGUGGGAGCCGCCGGCCCUCAGGGACCUGCUGGUGCUACUGGAGCUAAAGGAGCUCGUGGUGGUGCUGGACCUCCUGGUGCUACUGGAUUCCCUGGAGCUGCUGGACGAGUCGGACCUCCCGGUCCUUCUGGUGCUACAGGACCCCCAGGCCCCACCGGUGGUGCUGGUAAAGAAGGACAGAGAGGAGCCCGUGGUGAGCGGGGCCCCGCAGGUCGCCCUGGAGAGGCCGGAGCCGCUGGACCCGCAGGACCCUCCGGAGAGAAGGGUAGCGUUGGCCCCGAUGGCCCUGCUGGCCCCGCUGGUGCUCCUGGACCUCCUGGUGUUAUUGGAUCUCGUGGUAUUGUCGGUCUUCCCGGACAAAGAGGAGAGAGAGGAUUCGGUGGUCUCCCCGGACCUUCUGGAGAGCCAGGUAAGCAGGGACCCACUGGGCCUUUGGGAGAGCGCGGGCCCCCGGGACCCAUGGGCCCUCCUGGACUGGGUGGAGCUCCCGGUGAAGCUGGUCGUGAGGGUAACGCUGGACAUGAUGGAGCUCCUGGCCGUGACGGUCCUCCUGGACCUAAGGGAGACCGCGGUGAGACGGGCAACUCUGGCCCUCCUGGGGCCCCUGGGGCUCCCGGUGCUCCUGGCCCCAUGGGUCCAUCAGGCAAGACUGGAGAUCGUGGAGAGGCUGGUCCCGCUGGUCCUGCUGGUCCCGGCGGUCCUGCUGGUGCUCGUGGUGCUCUAGGUCCUGCUGGUCCUCGAGGAGAUAAGGGAGAAGCUGGAGAGGCCGGAGAGAGAGGCAUGAAGGGACACCGUGGCUUCUCUGGAAUGGCUGGAGUACCUGGACCUCCUGGACCUCCUGGUGACCAAGGACCCGCCGGACCAUCUGGCCCUGCUGGACCUCGUGGAUCUUCUGGCUCCAACGGCGUGGCUGGUAAGGACGGUAUGAAUGGUUUGCCCGGACCCGUCGGACCUCCUGGACCCCGAGGACGCUCCGGAGAGAUGGGACCUGCUGGUGCUCCUGGUCUUCCUGGACCCCCAGGUCCCCCCGGACCCUCAGGCAUCGGCGAGCCGUUCCUGCCCAUGCCUCAGGGCGAGAAGGGACCAGAUCCCCUGCGCGGAGGCUACAGAGCCGACGACGCCAGCGUUCGUGACCGCGACGCCGAGGUGGACACCAGCCUGAAGUCUCUGAGCCAGAAGAUCGAGAACAUCCGCAGCCCCGAGGGAACCCAGAGCAACCCUGCCCGCAUGUGCCGAGACCUGAGGAUGUGCCACCCCGACUGGAAGAGCGGCUCUUACUGGGUGGACCCUAACCAGGGCUCUCCUCUGGACGCCAUCAAGGUCUUCUGUAACAUGGAGACCGGAGAGACCUGCGUCAGCCCGUCUCAGAACACCAUUCCCAUGAAGAACUGGUACCAGAGCAAGAACAUCCGGGAGAAGAAGCACGUCUGGUUCGGAGAGUCCAUGCCCAACGGCUUCCAGUUCCAGUACGGCAGCGAGGGAUCUGAUCCAGAGGACGUCAACAUCCAGCUGACCUUCAUGCGUCUGAUGUCCAACGAGGCUGCUCAGAACAUCACCUACCACUGCAAGAACAGCAUCGCCUACAUGGACGAGAGCACAGGCAACCUGAAGAAGGCUCUGCUCCUGCAGGGCUCCAACGACAUCGAGAUCAGAGCCGAGGGAAACAGCCGCUUCACAUACAGAGUCAGCGAGGACGGCUGCACGUCACACACUGGCACAUGGGGCAAGACAGUCAUUGACUACAAGACAACGAAAACAUCUCGUCUGCCGGUCGUUGAUAUCGCUCCUAUGGACAUUGGUGCUCCCGAUCAGGAAUUCGGUGUAGAAGUUGGCCCAGUCUGCUUCUUGUAAAAAAGAAAAAUCUGGACAUGACUUUGCUGUUUUUUUUCUAGCAGUCAUCUUCGAGUCUUUUCCUGUUCAUACCGAAAAUAAAAAAGCCCGAACUCUCUUAUUCGGCUGCAAUCGCUCCAUAUGCUUAACCCUGAAUCCCCGAGGACGGUGCGACUCCCAACAAAAAAAAAAGCCAAAUUGAGGACCACUGCGUCGGCCAGCAGCGCCGUCACGGACACUUAGCGAGAAUCCUUUGACAACAAGAAAAUAAUAUAUACGCCCCGCCCCCUUGAGUCCGAAGAAAAACGACCACCUGGUGACUUUUUGUGCCGUUUUUUUGAUUUUUGACCACUGCUAAAGGACAAUGAGAAACAAGCAAAUGCUAAUGUACCAUUCUCUGGUGUUGAAUAAAUAUGACAAACGACA